AUGUUGGUCUGUUCAAAUUGUGUUGUUCGUUUAUCUCCAACACUAUGCAAAUAUUUAACUAUAUCAUCUCUAUCAAGACUAUCAUCUAAACCAUGGCUAGCAUUCAAUAAUGGCCUUGAAAAUUCCAUUCGAAGAAAAUUUUCUAACUCUUUACAAUCAAAAUUUGUUACCGUUAUUUCUUUUACACAUUCACGUUCAUUUCAUACAUCAAAUAAACGAGAUAAAAAAGAUUACUAUGACGUCUUAGGUGUACCAAAAACGGCAACUGCAAAAGAUAUCAAAAAAGCUUAUUAUCAACUCGCAAAACAAUACCAUCCCGAUACAACUGAGAAGAAAGAUUCGGCAACGACAAAAAAAUUUCAAGAAGUUUCAGAAGCUUAUGAAGUUUUGAGUGAUGAAACCAAGAAAAAAAAUUAUGAUACGUAUGGAAUGGGCGGCGAUCCAUUUAAUUCCGGUCAAGGUUCACAUCCCGGUGCUCGUGGUCAAUCAGGUGAUCCACGUCAAGGUGGUUUUCGUGGUUACGAAUCUUAUCAAUCUCAAGUAGAUCCCGAAGAAUUAUUUCGAAAAAUCUUUGGUGAUGCAUUUAAUCGAGGUGGAUUUAGUAGUCAUGAAUGGAUGAAUGAUGCUGAAGAAAAUUCUUUUAAUAAGCAAGGAAUUACGCAAUUGUCACUAGAUUUAACCUUCCAAGAAGCUGUUCGUGGUUGUAAUAAAGAUGUGAAUGUGCGUAUUAUUGAUACAUGUCCCACUUGUAAAGGUACACGUUGUGCAGCUGGUACUCAACCUCAAAAAUGUCGUACAUGUAAUGGAACUGGUAUGGAAACAAUUGAAACUGGUCCAUUUUUUAUGCGUGCUACUUGUCGGGCAUGUCAUGGUCGACGAGAAACAAUUUCAAAACCAUGUUAUGAAUGUUCGGGUAGAGGAAAAACAGCUCAAAAGAAAGUUACAACAAUACCAAUACCAGCCGGUGUGGAAGAUGGACAAACAAUGAGAGUUAAUUUAGGCACAUCUGAAAUCUUUAUUACAUUUCGAGUUAAAACAAGUGAAAAAUUUCGAAGAGAUAAAGAAGAUAUUCAUAGUGAAAUUAAUUUAUCCAUUGUACAAGCUAUGCUUGGCGGUGCAGUUAAAGUGCCGGGAAUACAUGAAGAUCAUGUUUUACAAAUUCCACCUGGUACCCAAUCGCAUCAACGUUUUCGUCUUAUUGGUAAAGGUAUUAAACGUCUUCAUAGUCCAGGAACAGGUGACCAUUAUGUUCAUGUGAAAAUAAAAGUUCCAACACGAUUAACACCUGAACAAAAAGCAUUGAUAUUAUCGUAUGCUGAAUUAGAUAAAGAUGUUGAUGGUACGGUGAACGGUUUAACACAAGCUAAAUCUGGAAAUCGUGUAAUCAAUGAAGAUGAUUAUCCAUUGUUAAAGUCUAUACGACAAGUAUUAUCGAAUUUACCACUCGGCAGUAAAAAAGUAGCUGAUAAAAUUGAAGAAAAUGAAACCGACACAAAACGUGAUUCAACAGCGAAGAAAAAGUCAAGCAACCAUUAG